AUGGCCGGGACCCUGGCACUGCCUGCGGCCCUCCUGGCCGCGCUCCUGGCGCUGGGACUGGGGGGUGGCAGAGCGGAGGGGACACCGCUGUGGUGCCCCCGGGUGACAUUUGGGUGUUGUUUGGAGGUGGCACAGCUAUGGGGACACCUCCUCAGUGCCACUCAACCCCUCAAGUGCCGCGGCCGUGCCACCACCCCUCCCCACCCGCAGGCCCGCCCGUCGCUGACCCCCAGACACGAGCCCGGCGUCUGCGCCUUCUACGGCGACUGCGGCAAGAACCCCGAGCUGAACGGCCCGCGGCCCUCGGGGGUGCCCUGCCUGUCCAACACGCCCGCCCCGGUGGCCUCGGCGCUGGUUCUGUCCCUGCUGCGCUCCGUGUGCCCCGAGCUGGUGCAGGAGAACGGGACCACGCGCGUGUGCUGCAGCCUGCAGCAGCUGAUCUCGCUGCAGCUCAGCGUGGGGCUGUCGAGCACGGUGCUGGCGCGGUGCCCCUCCUGCUCCCGCAACUUCGCCAACCUCUACUGCCACAACAUCUGCAGCCCCGACCAGAGCCUGUUCACCAACGUCACCCGCGUCUCCGAGAACAAGACCGACACCGGUGACGUCCCCGUGCUCGAGUACCAGCUCUUCUACCGGGACCGCUACGCCGAGGCCGCCUUCGCCUCGUGCCGGAACGUGCGGCUGCCGGCCACGGGCGGCUACGCCAUCGCCACCAUGUGCGGCAGCUACGGCGCCGAGCUGUGCACGGCCCAGCGCUGGCUGGACUUCCAGGGCAACAAGGACAACGGGCUGGCACCGCUGCAGAUCGACUUCCACCUGCUGCCCAACGGCUCCGAGCCCGGCGAGGGCAUCACCCCGCUGGACCCGCCCGUGUGGAGCUGUGACCAAGCGCCGAGCGCGGAGCAGGAGCCGUGCUCGUGUCAGGAUUGUCCCCGUUCCUGCGCGCCCCUGGUGCCGCCCUCGGGGCCGCCGCCGCCGUUCCGCAUCGGAAACGCCGAUGGAGUGCUGGUCAUCUGCGCCGUGCUGUUCGCCGCGCUCGCCCUGCUCUUCCUGGUGGCCCUGCUGUGCCGCGGGGGCUCCAGCGCCCUGGAGCGCGCGUUCCGCUGGUGGGGCACCGCGGUGGCCACGCGGCCCGUGGUCGUGCUGCUGGUGGCGCUGGUGGUGGCCGGCGGGCUCUCGGUCGGGCUGAUGACCCUGCGGCUCACCACGGACCCCGUGGAGCUGUGGUCAGCGCCGGGCAGCCGCGCCAGGCAGGAGAAGGCGUUCCACGACCGCCACUUCGGGCCCUUCAUGCGCACCAACCAAGUGAUCGUGACCGCGCCGGGACGCGCCGGGCGCACCUACGAGUCGGUGGUGCUGGGGACGAAGAAUUUCAGCGGUGUGCUGGCCGAGGACGUGCUGCAGGCGCUGCUGGAGCUGCAGGAGACGCUGUCGGCCACCACGGCGUGGGCGCCGGGCUCGGGCAGGAACGUGAGCCUGCAGGAUGUGUGCUACGCGCCCCUGAACCCCACCAAGCCCAGCGUGGCCGACUGCGCCGUGAACAGCGUCACGCAGUACUUCCAGAACAACCGCAGCAACCUGGAGCUCACCGCCUGGCAGGACGGCAAGAACCCGGGCACCGUGGACUGGCACGACCACCUCAUCUACUGCGUCAGCUCCCCGCUCUCCUUCAACGACAUCACAGCGCUGGAGCUGAGCUGCAUGGCCGAGUACGGCGGGCCCGUGUUCCCCUACAUCGCCCUGGGCGGCUACCCCGAGUCCGAGUACACGGAGGCCGAGGCGCUCAUUGUCACCUACUCGCUCAACAACUUCGAGGCCGGGGACCCGCGCCUCGAGUGGGUGCUGAGCUGGGAGCGCGAGUUCCUCCGCGUGGUGCGCGACUUCCAGCGCCGGCACGGCCACAACCUCUCGGUCACCUUCAUGGCCGAGCGCUCUCUGGAGGAUGAGAUCAACCGCACGAGCGGGGAGGACAUCCCGGUGUUCGCCACCAGUUACCUGCUGGUGUUCGCCUACAUCGCGCUGGCCCUGGGCGAGUACACGGCCUGGCGGCGGGUCCUGGUGGAGUCCAAGGUGACGCUGGCGCUCGGGGGCAUCGUGGUGGUGCUGGGGGCCGUGCUGGCCUCCAUGGGGCUGCUGGCGCUGCUGGGGCUGCCCUCGUCCCUCAUCAUCAUCGAGGUCGUGCCCUUCCUCGUGCUGGCCGUGGGCGCCGACAACAUCUUCAUCUUCGUGCAGGAGCUGCAGCAGUCGCAGCGGGAGCCGGGCGAGACGCGGGAGCAGCACAUGGGGCGGGUGCUGGCACAGGUGGCACCCAGCAUGCUGCUCUGCAGCAUCUCCGAGGCCGUCUGCUUCCUGCUGGGUGCCCUCUCCUCCAUGCCCGCCGUGCGCACCUUCGCCCUCACGGCCUCGCUCGCCAUCGCCUUCGAUUUCCUGCUGCAAAUGUCGGGGUUCGUGGCGCUGGUGGCGCUGGACUACCGGCGACAGGAGGCCGGGCGCUUUGACCUCUGCUGCUGCUGCGGGACGGACAAGGGGCGCCCGACCGGGGGCGGGGCGGGGCUGCUGCGCCCCUUCCUGCAGCGCUACUACACCCCCGUGCUGCUGCACCGCCUCGUGCGGCCCGUCGUGGUGCUGCUGUUCCUGUUCCUGGCCUGCGCCGGGCUCUUCCUGCUGUUCCAGGUGUCCGUGGGGCUGGACCAGGAGCUGGCCCUGCCCGAGGACUCGUACAUGCUCCAGUACUUCUCAGCUCUGAACCAGUACCUGGCCGUGGGUGUCCCCACCUACUUUGUCACCACGAGCGGCUACAACUUCUCCUCGACCAACGGCACCAACGCCAUCUGCUCCAGCUCGGGCUGUGACAACGACUCUCUCACCCAGACCAUCCAGCUGGCCACGGAGUUCGCCAACGUGUCCUACCUGGCCAUCCCGGCCAACUCGUGGGUGGACGAUUUCCUGGACUGGCUGAAACCCAUCACUGGCUGCUGCCGCAUCCACCAGUCUGGGGAGCACCAGGGCGAGUUCUGCUCCUCCACCAACACCGACAAGGAAUCGAACUGCACGAGCUGCCUGAACAGAACGCGGCGCCCCACGCCCGAGGAGUUCGAGCGCUUCCUGCCCUGGUUCCUGCAGGACCGGCCCACGGUGCAGUGCGCCAAGGGUGGCUUGGGCGCCUACGACACCUCUGUGGUCAUGGACGCCAACGGCACCAUCCUGGCGUCGCGGUUCAUGGCGUACCAGCGGCCGCUCCGCACGUCGCAGGAGUACACAGCCGCGCUGCGCGCCGCCCGCGCCCUGGCCGAGCACGUCACCCCCACCCUGCGCGCCGUGCCCGGCACCGACCCCGCCUUCCGCGUCUUCCCCUACACGGUGACGUACGUGUACUACGAGCAGUACCUGACGGUGGUGUACGAGGGGCUGGUGACGCUGGCGCUGUGCCUGGUGCCCACCUUCGCCGUGUCCUUCCUGCUGCUGGGCAUGGACGUGCGCUCCAGCCUGGCCACGCUGCUGACCAUCGCCAUGGUGCUGCUGGACACCGUGGGCUUCAUGGCGCUCUGGGACGUGCCCUACAACGCCGUGGCGCUCAUCAACCUCGUGGCGGCCGUGGGCAUCUCGGUGGAGUUCGUGUCCCACAUCACCUGCGCCUUCGCCCGCAGCUGCCAGUCCACGCGGGUGGCACGAGCCACCGAGGCCACUGUCACCAUGGGCAGCAAGGUGGUGGCGGGCGUGGCCAUGACCAACCUGCCGGGCGUGGUGGUGCUGGCGUUCGCCAAGGCGCGGCUCGUCCAGAUCUUCUUCUUCCGCCUCAACCUCAUCAUCACCCUGGUGGGGCUGGCACACGGCCUGGUCUUCCUGCCCGUGCUGCUCAGCUACAUCGGGCCCAGGCCGCGGCUGCCAGCGGGGCAGGACACGCCGGGGGAUGUGGGGCUGGGCCUCGGCAACCCCGGCUUCAAGGACACGGACAUGGACACGGACACGGACAAGGACAAGGACAAGGACAAGGGUUUAUUCCCAGCCCUACAGGACUUGUAG